UUGAAAUGAGAGAAGGGCCAUCACUAACUUGGAGCGUAUUUCACACACUUCGACCAAGUUAAAUAAUAUCAAUAAAAUCAAGAAUAUGUCCGCCCUAAGACAAUUGUAUAAAAUCAGCGCCGGCGUGACAAGACGCACCCUAUUCGCCAGUUCCCGAAGAACACAAAUCCAAGCUUUAGACAGCCCACAAUUGCAGUUGCAAGUGCAGCACUUUGCAACCAUAACACAAACAGCUGUUUUCAGCAGCAGCAAAAGCAGCAACAACUACACGUGCAUUUGCCGCAGCUUACACUGCAGUACACCAGCGGACGAUGCGGACAAGACGGUGGCCACGAAUAGCAUUCCCCUGGCAAAACUGGAGGGCAAGAUGCAGCUAAUCUACACCUGCAAGGUGUGCAAGACGCGGAACAUGAAGACCAUUUCGAAGCUGGCAUACCAACGCGGCGUUGUCAUCGUGACCUGCGAGGGCUGCUCCAGUCACCACCUGAUCGCCGACAAUCUGAACUGGUUUACAGAUCUGGAAGGCAAGCGCAACAUCGAGGAGAUCCUGGCCGAGAAGGGCGAGAAGGUAGUUCGCCUGACCGAUGGCAACUGCGAGUUUUUGCCGAAACAUGAUUAAAAUCGUAGUGUAGUUAACUGAAAA